AUGGAGGAAACCGAAUUUCUUGUCAUUUUCGUCUACCUCCUAGCUUCCAUACCACGAAAGAUCUUGACUUUGAUCAUCAGCGGCAAUCUCUGCAGCGCAAGCAGAUCUGACGAGGAAAUCCAUCACCUUUUGAAGGACCCAGACUCUUUGUGGAGGACACGCGCCGGGGAAAAGAAUGCACCAGGAAUCUACAUCCGGAAUCUUGUCGACAAGGACGGCGACACACCCACACCCAACCAGUACCUUUGGGUACCCAAGAGACUUCGCAACUAUGUCUCUAGCGAAUCAUGCCGCGCAAGCAGAUCUGAUGAGGAUCUCCAUCAUUUUCUGCAUGACCCUGAGUCUACGUGGCGUAUACGCGCAGGGGAAAAGAACGCACCAGGAAUCUACAUCCGGAAUCUUGUCGACAAGGACGGCGACACACCCACACCCAACCAGUACCUUCGGGUACCCAAGAGACUUCGCAACUAUGUCUCUGGCGAAUCAUGCCGCUGA